CCUACUGGAAGUGGAAAUGAUUACAGUACGAGUACUGUUGCACACUUUUACAUUAGUGGAAUUUUUUGCUAGAACUGAUACUGCCAUGUAGUACUUUAUCCUUUCCUUUCUACGAAUAAUCCUUAAGAAUCCCUUACUCGAUUAGCUCUCUGCGGUUUACGAACCAGCAUUCCGUUUCGGUUGGUUGAUCGAGAAUGUAAAAAUCAUUAGGAAAGGUCAUGGUUUUCCAAAUUUUCUACCGCAUGCUGCACAUUUCAACGUCACUAAAGGAGAAAAUUAUUGCUUAAACUUCAGCGUCCAUGAAUUUCCCAGCAGACCGUGAUGCAAACGGGAUCGACAUGCAUAUGAACUCCAUUUCCUCAAGCGAAAUCCAAUCUGCUACGGCACUAUCCCCAAGAAAAUCGUCUUCGGACAGCGCAACGGAGUUGGAAGUGGGUGGAAAGCCCGAACACUGGAAAGAGCAGUCCCAAGAAUCGUUCCUCGCCUCGUUUGCCAGCAAGAAGCCAUCAUCUGAAGAGUCGAUCAAAGCGCGCAGCUCUGGCAGUGGUGAGCAAACCGAUGCGGGCAGCGAGUCAUCACUAAGCUCGCAGAGUGACGAUGGCGAGGUCACCGAGGAGCAUAUCCGACAGAUUAGAUCGAUCAGAGAGAAACUGCUGGAUGAUAUGGAAAAAAUGAAGCUUUAUCCAUUAAAAGAUCUUCCGUCGGAUGAACGACACAUGCUAACCGGAGUGGAGUAUCUCGAUCGCACACUUGGUCAGGUUUUAGCUCAAGGACUGGGGGAAAUUAUCAAGCGCAAACCAGCUAAUCCUGUUGAAUUCUUAGCGGCAUACCUGCUAGCCGAUCAAGCUCGUAUUGACAAUUUGCAAAGCGAUAUUUCUCACGUAUCCAGAGAUAAUGACACCGAUGAUAACGACUAACGGUCAACCAAAUACGAUAUCUUUAAGAACAACGCAUCUCCCAGUUAAAUGUCGUGCCUAAUUAGAAUCGGCUUUAUUAGAUUUCUGAAAAAAAAGCCAAAGAGCAAAGGAACCUCUCAUUAAAGAAAUCAUAGACGCCUUAAAGAAAUCGAAUUACAAAA